AGGACUACAUGUCCCAUGGGCCCCAGCGCGGCGCAGAGCAUGGUGGGGGUUGUAGGCCGCUCUGGCGGCGGCCGCGCUCCCCCACUGGCUCCGGCCCCGCGACCUGGACUCCAUUUCCCGGCAGGCUCGGGCGCGGGCCGGGGCCCCCUUGGCGGAGAGACAUUUGCGACUCGAGCCGAGAGUCUCCAAGAUGGCGGCGUGGGGAAGGAGGCGCGCUGGCCCCGGCAGCACCAGCAGUGGCAGCGGCGGAUCAUCUUGUCCUCCACGGAGUGUUACAUUGUGCAUGAAAUCUACAAUGGGGAUAAUGCUCAGGACCAGUUUGAGUACGAGCUGGAGCAGGCCCUGGAAGCCCAGUACAAAUAUAUAGUGAUAGAACCCACUCGCAUCGGUGACGAGACCGCUCGCUGGAUCACAGUUGGGAACUGCCUGCACAAGACCGCCGUCCUAGCGGGCACCGCUUGUCUCUUCACCCCUCUGGCGCUUCCAGUAGAUUAUUCCCAUUACAUCUCCCUGCCUGCUGGCGUGCUGAGCAUGGCCUGCUGCACCCUCUACGGUAUCUCCUGGCAGUUUGACCCUUGCUGCAAGUACCAAGUGGAGUAUGAUGCCUAUAAACUUUCCCGCCUGCCCCUGCAUACGCUCACUUCCUCCACUCCUGUGGUGCUGGUGAGAAAGGAUGACCUGCACAGAAAGAGACUGCAUAACACGAUAGCACUCGCUGCCCUGGUGUACUGUGUAAAGAAGAUCUAUGAACUCUAUGUUGUAUGACUUCAGUAGGGAAAAGAGAAAUCCACAAAGACAAGUGUAUUAAGACUCCCACAGUAACAUUUUUUUCCUCUGAGAAGCAGUGGAGACUGGGAAGGCGUUUGGUUUAAUAGAGUUGUUAUUUUUAAAAUAACACCUCACUGAUGCACCAAGGUUUUUCAGUUCUUCAUUACUCUUAAGAAGUGGAUCUGCAGUGACUUGAGAGCUGUACGCUAGGCUGUGGGAGCCAAAUCCAGCAGUGGAACGUUGAUGGAAGAAAACUAUAUAAAGGGGGUGUGAAAGGUUUUUUUGGUUGUUUUUUUGGGAAACUUUUAAGUAUAUUGUUUAAUUGUAUACACAGAACCAGCCCAAAGUUAUCAUUGCCCAUUAAAAGAUGAGAAUUUCAAAUG